AUGCUGGCUCGCUCGCUGCGCUUAGCAGCUCGUCGGCCACAGACGUCCCUGCCAUGUCGCCGACUGGUUCGACACGCAUCAUCCUCCAGCAGCAAUGCAUCUUCCGACUUCUUUGCAUCUUCUGCAAAGCUCCCAACCAACAAGAUGGCUCUCGCAUCGUCAGCAGCUGCCGUCCUUGGAGGUCUGGCACUGUACGCUACCUUGGCCCCCAAAUCAUCCUCGACCUCCUCGUCCGCUGUACAUUGCGAAGCGGCCAAGCCCACCCCUGCUUCUGCCACAAAAGGCGGCAACCAAUCCGACCUUCCCGAAAUCUCUCACCUCGACCCUAAAGUCCUCUCCGAUACCUCGGCUCCCAUGCGAAAGCGUAUGGAAACGUACAUCAAGCUUCUCCAAUACAACAUCGUCUCGGCUCUCUCCCAGGAAGAACCAAAAGCACGCUUCCUCAUCGACAGCUGGCUUCGAAAGGAAGGCGGAGAAGGGAUCUCUUGCGUCCUUCAGGACGGCUCUACGUUUGAGAAGGCUGGCGUCAACAUCUCGGUGGUGCAUGGAAUGCUUCCACCAGCAGCGGUCAGGCAAAUGAGUGCCGACCAUGCCGGGCUCAUGGACAAAACGGGUUACAAACUCGAGGGCAAAGAUGCGGACGUCAAAGGACUGCCCUUCUACGCAGCAGGAUUGAGCCUCGUAGUGCAUCCCAAGAACCCGUUCGCACCCACAGUACACUUCAACUAUCGAUACUUCGAGUUGACCCAUCCCGAAAAGCUGGCUGAUGGUUCGCCCAAUCCGCGUCACCCGAAAAACCGCAAGGAUGGAAAGCACGACGACGAGCCGGUCGCAUGGUGGUUCGGCGGCGGAACGGACCUGACGCCCAUCUACCUGUUCGACGAGGAUGCCAAACACUUCCACUCGACCCUCAAGUCUGCGGCUGAUCAGCACGAUGCUUCGUUCUACCCGACGUGGAAGAAGUGGUGCGACAAGUACUUUUUGAUCCCACACCGUGGUGAAGCGCGCGGAGUUGGAGGCAUCUUUUUCGACGACUUGACUCUACCGCAGUGGGCCUCCUCGGACAAAGCAUACAUUCCUCUAUCGGAUGGCACCAAGCCGUCGCCCGCAGCACCACUGGUACCGUCGAUAUCGUCGACCAAACCACACUCUCAAGAUUCGCUCUUCGCUACGGUCCGCUCCAUGGGCGAUGCCUUCCUGCCCGCCUACCUGCCUCUGAUCCAGAAGCGCAAGAACACGCCCUUCACCGAAGCACACGAACGAUGGCAGCAGAUAAGGAGGGGCAGGUACGUCGAGUUCAAUCUGGUCUACGAUCGCGGCACCAAGUUCGGACUGCAGACUCCCGGAGCGAGGAUCGAGAGCAUCCUGAUGAGUCUGCCGUUGAAGGCUAGAUGGGAGUACAUGGAGCGAUACAGCGGAGGCGGGGCGCAGGGGAGGGACGGUAAGGCGACCAGGAAGGCUGAUGCUGAUGGCGGAGACGAGGAGGAGGGCGUGCUGGAGAGACAUACGCAGAACGCGCUGAGGACGCCGCGAGAUUGGGCGUAG